AUGUUUGUGCAGUCCAUACUUUGUGUUUUGGUGUUUGCCCAAUUGAUUUCAGCGUCUGCCUUCACGUUUAUCUUGGGUGCCAAAGAAAAAUCAUGUUUCUAUGUGUUUACUGAAAAACCAUCGACUCAAAUCAGGUACUAUUUUGCUGUUCAAAGUGGCGGCUCAUUUGAUGUUGAUUAUGUCAUUAGUGAUCCAAACCAAAACGUUAUAUACCAAGAGAACAAAAAGAGACACGGUGACUUUGUUUUCCCCGCUCAAAUUGCUGGUGAAUAUGAAUUUUGUUUUUCAAACACCAUGUCAACAUAUCUGGAAAAGGUUGUUGACUUUGAAAUUGAAGUUGAGGAUGAAAGCACUGCACAUAACAUCAAAGCAAGCUUACCAAAUCAACCAAAUUCCAAACCCUUGGCUCAUGUUGAGAAUAUGAGAACUACUGUGGAUAAUAUUGAAUCUCAGUUGGAUGGAUUGGCAAAGACAUUACAGUUUUACAAAACAAGAAACAGUAGGAAUCAAGCUACCGUCCAAUCCACCGAAUCAAGAAUCUUUUACUUUUCGGUAUUUGAGGUGCUUUUGAUGGUUGGUAUGGCUGUUUUACAAAUUGCAAUUGUUCAAUUGUUUUUCAAAGGAUCAAGAAAGCAAUUGGUUUAA